UUUUUUUCCAUCCUCUCCCCACAAAAAAUCUUUUUCACAAUUUUGUCAAUCAAAAAAAAAAAAAAGAAAAGAAAAAAAUGGCUUGUGGUGAUGAUGAUAAAUUGUGUCUUGAUUCAAUAAGAAAGAGUUUAAUUAGACAAGAAGAUACCAUUAUUUUCAACCUUAUUGAAAGAAUCAAAUUCCCAAUAAAUCCAACUUUAUACAAACAACAAUUACCUCCUCCUUCCAAUUUUUCAGGAUCCUUAUUUCAAUACUUGUUUCAAGAAACAGAAUCCCUUCAAUCCAAGGUUGGUAGAUAUUUGGCCCCAGAGGAAAAUCCUUUCUUCCCAGAUAAUUUGUCUGACUCAAUCAUACCACUUACCAAAUGCACACCAGUUUUGCAUCCUGCAGCAGAAUCAGUAAAUGUAAAUGAGAAAAUAUUGGAUAUUUAUAUAAAUCAGAUGCUUCCACUAUUUUGUACUGAGGUUAAUGAUGAUGCAAACUUUGCAACUACUGCUGCUUGUGACAUUCAGCUCUUGCAGGCACUAUCUAGAAGGAUUCACUAUGGAAAAUUUGUUGCUGAAGUUAAAUUUAGAGAUAGUAUUGAUGAAUAUAAACCAUUUAUUCUUGCUCAGGAUAGAGAUGCUUUAAUGAAGUUAUUAACAUUUGAAGCGGUUGAAGAGAUGGUGAAGAAGAGAGUAGCGAAGAAAGCUAAAGUGUUUGGUCAAGAAGUGAGCUUAAACGAUAACGCUGAAGAAGUGAAGGGCAAAAUUGAUCCAUUGUUAGUUUCACGUUUAUAUGAUGAAUGGGUUAUGCCUUUGACUAAACUUGUCGAAGUUGAAUACCUCCUGCGUCGUCUUGAUUAAUUGAGCUUAUUAUUAUUAUUGUAAUGAUUUUCGUCACCAUUAUUAUCAUUUGUUAUUGUUAUCGAUCGACAUUUAUGCAGAUGAAAAUGACGAUUCAUGACAUUUGUGAAUUGCCAAAAAGUUGAGCUAAUUGUCAUUCUUUAGUUAUGGAUAUGA